AUGAUAGAAUUAAGAACAAAAUGGAGAAUUGCAGCUGCAUGCUUAUGGUGUUUCGGGUGUGGGUUUUCCGAUGCUGCUCCUGGGGCUUUGCUUCCAUAUAUUGAAGAUUUCUAUAACAUUUCAUAUUCAAUUGUUUCACUUAUUUGGAUGGCAAAUGCAGCCGGAUUCAUUGUAGUAGCUGCAUUCGCAGGCAAGAUCCAAAAAUGGUUUGGACUUCGAAAAUCUCUAUUGAUAGGAUGUAUCUCAUCUUGUAUCAUGUAUGGAAUGGUGCUGAGUGGUGCCCAUUUUGCGGUCAUAGUUGCGGGAUUCUUUAUGGGAGGAAUUGGACUUGGAAUCUGCUUAUCUCAGUGUAAUGUCUAUCUUUCCCGAUUAGAUGGCGGGUCUAUUUACUUGGCGUAUUUACAUACAACCUUUGGUGUAGGUGCUACGGUUUCUCCUCUUAUAGGUACUGCAAUGGUAAACAGUGGGGUAAAAUGGCAUUAUUUCUACACCAUUCUCCUUGGAAUAAUAAUUGCUAAUGGUGCAAACUUAUGGUUUGCAUUUGAGGGAGAAAAUUUCGCCGAAACUAACUCAUCCGAUCCAAAAGAUUCAGAAGCAGUAGUUCCAGAAGAACUCGAAGGUCAAGUCACCAGUAAGAAUGCUUCCUCAGGUGAAAUGUUGGAAGCAAUGAAAAACAGAUCUACAUGGUUAAUGUCAUUGAUCUCUUUGUUCUAUCAAGGAGCAGAGGUUGCAUUUGCCGGUUGGAUUGUUACUUACCUAAUGGAUUACAAAAAGGGUAGUACAAAUGCAAUAGGUUAUGUUGCUUCAGGAUUCUGGGGUGGUCUUACACUUGGUCGCCUCUUCCUCACCCCUUUACUAUUCAAAUACUGUGGUAUUCGUAUGAGUUUCUACAUAACAGGGGUGUUAGCGAUAGUUAUGGUAGUGGCCGUGUGGGUAACACCAAAUAUUAUAGCAUCUGGUGUCUUUGUGGCCAUUGCAGGAGUUUUAGCUGGUCCAAACUAUACCUUAAUGUUUGCUAUAACUCCGCGGAUGUUUCCUAGAAAGAUUCAAAUGAUUUCAGUUACUUUCAUGACCGCCUUAGGAUCUAUCGGUGGAGCUAUUUUCCCAUUUGUAGUGGGGUUAAUAUCUCAAUAUUCUGGUACAUAUGUGGUACUUCCAGUGUUUGUGUCAUUGUAUCUGGUCAUGGUUAUUUUAUGGUUAGCCUUACCAAAUGUGGAGAAAGACUUUAAGGCGGGUACCCCAUGGUGGAAAAGAAUCUUGUGA